ACAUUCAAUUUUUUUUUUUUUAAAUACCUCACCCCAAAGUGCCAAUAUAAAAUUUCUAAGUGUCUUGAAACGAAACGGGAAAAAAGGUGAAAGUGGUGUUGUGAGUGAAAAGUUUAUUGUGAAAAUCGCAUAUAAUUUCUUCAUCUCGUUGACAAUUCGAGUUGUUUGUUGAUUUCUUGAUUCAGAAAAAUGUAAAUAAAACCACGAGAAAAAUAUGGAGAGACGUUCAAGUACAUUGGAUUUGAAUAGUAAAAAUAACAACACAACUGGUAUCAAUGGUAACAAGGAGGGCACUGAAUAUAUUCCUGCACGAUGUCGGAUAACAAAACCAAAUCCACCGAAACCAGCACAAAAUCCAUUACAAUUUGUUAAAGUUGGACCAUGUGAUUUGUAUCGAUCGGCACAGGAGCAACUCAAAAAAGUUGAAGUUAUUAAGAAAAUUAAACAGGAAUUUAAAGAAGAUGGUGAAGAUUGGCAAGCCAACUUGGAUAAUUGGAAAAGCAGUCGACGAAAGCGUCAAGAACAUAUCAUCGAACGAGUCGUUGAAAUUAGGAAUAUGGAACAAGAGAGUGAUAAAUCGAGACGACGUAGCAAAACAUUUAGUGAAAUGUUGGAAGAUCGGAAUAGUAGACGUAGAAAAUUAAGUAAUCUGGCAUUAUAUUCAGAAGAUGAUGGAAAUGACUUAGCAGAUUUAGGUAUUUCAACUCCAAGUCGAAAGGGGAGUAUUAGUGAAGAAUCAAAUACGACAGAUGAUACACAUAAUAUACGAACUGAUUCAGCAGCUAGUGAUGAUAAUAUGUUAAUGAGUCCCUCAUCAGAGCAAAACCAGAACGAAUCGACAGCUAAUUCGAAUACAAUUGAUGAUUGUAAAACAAAUGGUUUAAUGGCCAAUGAAAAUAGUAAUGAGAAGGCUCAAGAACAAACCGAAGAAUAUACAUACGAAAGUGCUAUACAAGGCUACAAGUCACGAGUCAAACGUCGAAGUUUUCAUCAUACGUCCGACUACCAAACCGAACAUUUGAGUCAAUCAACAUCCAAUAUAAAUAGCACUAAGAACGAAGAUCGACGAUUUUCAUUGUACACAUUACAAUCGUUAAACUCGCAAUCAUCGAACGAUGUUCAUCACAGUUCCACAAAACCAGACCUACCAAAAAUUGAUAUAUCUGAACGAAAACAAUUAUUCGAGACAAAAAGUAAAAUCACGUCCACAAAUCAACAACCGUCCACAAAUUUACCAGACGAAUUAUCACAUUCGAAAAGUAUCAAAGAACGUUUAAAACAUUUAGAAAAAUGUACAGAAGAAUCUUUAAACAUUAAAAAAGCAACCAAAUUAUUGGCUGGCGAUAUAAUGACGGUUCGAGAUCGAUUAUCCAGUCUUGUUUCGCACACUAACGUCGAAAAAAAUAACAAUAUUCUAUCAGUCUGGUCUUCCACAAGUCAAUUAAUUGACAACAAUGGCAAGGCUUUGAGAAAAGCGGAAAUGGAACAACAAACGCGUUCAUUGUGUCACAUGGAUAAAGGACGAAUGUUCCAUUGUUCCUUGGAUAGUUUAGAUAUUCGUGGAAGCGACUCGAAUCAAGAAUCUGGUUGUACAUUGGAACAUGUCCAAAGUUUGGAUGGAUUAGAUUAUUGUGAGAGAAGUAAUUAUCCUCCAUCUGGAUCAUCCACGGAAUUACUUGCGUUAUCCCAAUGUGGAGAUACGGAUCGAGAAGAUAGUGGUAUACAAACCGCAGAUGUGUCUUGCUCAGUAAGUCAAGCGGAUGAUCCGGAUGAUGACUCAGACACAAUGGCAGCUAUUAACACUGUGUGCGUUGACACACACUUGAAUGAGAAUCCGCUUAAGAAAUAUUUAUCAAGUAUUGAGCUUCCACCAAUGCAUCAUCAGCAUCAGACACCUCCCACAUCACCAGAAAUAACUGACGUGGCAAGUACGACCACAACUAAAUCGGAGUCAUCCGUUGUCGAGGAAUUGAUCACAUGCACAAUUAACAAUCUGGAUUUACGUAAUAAAAUUGUGUUUGAUGAACCAAUAGCAGAUCCAUUAGCUCCUCCAAAAAGUGUGGAACCACCAAAAGAAAAACCGCCACCACCACCGAUUGACGAUGAACCCAGUGACGAUGAAUAUUCGAAUUCAACUGAUUACGAAUUGAAACGAUUGAACUCAACAAAACGUAUUAAGAAUGAGAUACGUAAUAAACGAUCAAGUUUCCUUGGAAUUGAAGGUCUAACAGACAUCAAUGACCUGGAAUUAACAGUGUCCAAACCUCCGGAUGCUGCGACUAUUCUCCAAGAGGAACUUCAACUGGAAAAACAAAUGUAUAGACAAUCACAAAAUUUUAAUAAUAAUGAUUUCAUUAAUACGCAUGCGGAAAUCGAAAGUCGUGAUUCGGGUGUCGAACUAGAAUCGAAUCGUUCAAUAUCAGAACAUCAAUUUCAAAGUUCAUCGGAAGUCGAUCCUACAGAGAAUACAAAAACAACGCACAUUACCCACAAUCAUAAUCACGAAGAAGAUGAAAUAUCAAAAAAGGAACGGGAAAUUAUUGAAAAUUUGGAAAAGGAGGAACAAUGGCGUCAUAAUAGCUUUAAUAAUAAAGAUUCGACAUCGACUUCUAGAUCAUCACUUUAUAAUAAUAAUAAUAAUACCAAUAAUCACUUUUCAAUCCAGAGUUCAAAUUCUGGAGAUGAAAAAGAUGAUUCUCGAUAUGGGGACGAUGAGGAUGUGAUCAGAGUUGAGCGUGAAUUGUUGGAAUUAGAGCAAGAAGAAUUAGAAAGACAGCGAGAAGAUUUACUAUACCAAAAUCGUAAAGCAAAUAUUCUAAAUUCGGUAUCGAAGCAUUCAAUUGGCUUACCGGAUGUAUAUUUACGCAAUACUAGUCGUCCCAUUGAGCAUGUGUACAAUAAUUAUCCAAACUAUUAUCAACAAACUUCACCCACAGCAAAUCAAGCAUCAACAAAUUUACCUUUAUCCCCUCCACCAAGACCACCGCCAGCAACAACUGCCUACAGUAAAAUACUUUUACCAAAUACAGUGAAACCCACAUCAACGUCCACGUCAACAAUUCAAGAUGUGAGCCAAACAGGACCAAUGUCUCGGCAUACAUUGCACGCGUUAAGUGCAACACCCAAAUCAAAAUUAAUGAACACGGAUUCAUGGAUACAAUCUCAGCCAAUUAAAAAGUCACCAAUGACGUUGACUUCAACACUAGAUCGUGACAACUAUAAUCAACAUUGGUUGAUCCAAGAGGCUGAGGAACGUCGUUUAAGUGAACGAUCUAGUCGUCUUUCCACUGCCAAUCAAUAUCGAAACGCUGAGAAACAUAUUCCAGAUGCUGUUGUCCAAACUUUAACGCAACGUAUUCAAAAUCGACCGACUGUUCGAGAACGAACUCAUUUACUAAAUAGAAAAGAUUUACCAAUUUCUCGAGGACCACCCAUAACACCACCAAUAUCAUAUGAACGUAGUCGACCCCCACCACCGGUAUCCACAAUGCCCCCACCAAUAAUACCACCACAAGCAACCGAUUAUGAUUUACAUGAUAAAAUGUUAAGUGUUAGCGGUAAAAAGAAAUGCUCCCAUUGUGGGGAUGAAUUAGGACGUGGAGCUGCAAUGAUCAUUGAAAGUUUAUGUUUAUUUUAUCACAUGGAUUGUUUUAAAUGUUGUGUAUGUCAUGUCCAAUUAGGGGAUGGUUUAAUGGGCACCGAUGUUCGAGUACGUAACCAUAAGUUACAUUGUCACAAUUGUUACUCCAGUGAUGACGGUGUUAAGUUUAGUUGUGUUUAAACUUUUUAUCAAAUAUUUAAAUUAUUUUACUGCCAUUAUAAGUACCACUAAUCACCCACUAUCCGCCAUUUUUUACCCUCCAAUAAACACACUUCAAUUUGUCUCACCAAUAAUUUGUGUGAUAUGUGAGCAAAGUAUAACCCAUAGCUUCGUACCAAUUUCAAAUUUUGUUUAAUGUUUCCAGAAAUUUUAUGACUAAAAAUUGAAGGAAAAAAUGACGGUAAAAGGUAUUAGGGUACAUAUAAUUGCACUCUAAUUGUACCAGUCAAAUUACUCCCAAAUUUGGCUUCCCCAAUUAUUAUUUUUUUUUUUUUUGUAUAAUUUAACAAUUUAUUUA